AUAUAGCCUCCACAUUGACUCUGUACCAGUACCCCCUGUAUAUAGCCUCCACAUUGACUCUGUACCGGUACCCCCUGUAUAUAACCUCCACAUUGACUCUGUACUGGUACCCCCUGUAUAUAACCUCCACAUUGACUCUGUACCGGUACCCCCAGUAUAUAGCCUCCACAUUGACUCUGUACCGGUACCCCCUGUAUAUAGCCUCCACAUUGACUCUGUACCAGUACCCCCUGUAUAUAGCCUCCACAUUGACUUGGUAUCGGUACCCCCUGUAUAUAGCCUCCACAUUGACUCUGUACCGGUACCCCCUGUAUAUAGCCUCCACAUUGACUUGGUAUCGGUACCCCCUGUAUAUAGCCUCCACAUUGACUCUGUACCGGUACCCCCUGUAUAUAGCCUCCACAUUCACUCUGUACCGGUACCCCCUGUGUAUAGCCUCCACAUUGACUUGGUACCGGUACCCCCUGUAUAUAGCCUCCACAUUGACUCUGUACCGGUACCCCCUGUAUAUAGCCUCCACAUUGACUCUGUACCGGUACCCCCUGUAUAUAGCCUCCACAUUGACUCUGUACCCGUACCCCCUGUAAAUAGCCUCCACAUUGACUCUGUACCGGUACCCCCUGUAUAUAGCCUCCACAUUGACUCUGUACCGGUACCCCCUGUAUAUAGCCUCCACAUUGACUCUGUACCGGUACCCCCUGUAUAUAGCCUCCACAUUGACUCUGUACCGGUACCCCUUGUAUAUAGCCUCCACAUUGACUCUGUACCGUAACACCCUGUAUAUAGUCUCCACAUUGACUCUGUACCGUAACACCCUGUAUAUAGUCUCCACAUUGACUCUGUACCGGUACCCCCCUGUAUAUAGCCUCCACAUUGACUCUGUACCGGUACCCCCUGUAUAUAGCCUCCACAUUGACUCUGUACCGUAACACCCUGUAUAUAGUCUCCACAUUGACUCUGUACCGUAACACCCUGUAUAUAGUCUCCACAUUGACUCUGUACCGGUACCCCCUGUAUAUAGCCUCCACAUUGACUCUGUACCAGUACCCCCUGUAUAUAGCCUCCACAUUGACUCUGUACCGGUACCCCCUGUAUAUAGCCUCCACAUUGACUUGGUAUCGGUACCCCCUGUAUAUAGCCUCCACAUUGACUCUGUACCGGUACCCCCUGUAUAUAGCCUCCACAUUGACUCUGUACCGGUACCCCCUGUAUAUAGCCUCCACAUUGACUCUGUACCGGUACCCCCUGUAUAUAGCCUCCACUCCCCUGUGUAUAGCUUUGUUAUUGUAUAGUGUUACUUUUUUAACACGCUGCUGUCUUCUGAAACAAAACAUGGUCGAUCACUACGCAGCAUCAUUCUCAUCCAACAGUCUCACGUUCCACGUUACGUUAAUGAAGUGAGAUCAGGGCAGACAAAAUACCACGUUCAAAAUUAUUGAAUUGAGAUGACAUUUUCUGUUAACACUAAUAUCACCCCUACUACGUUUUCCUUUUCCGUUUCCCCAAAAUCUCUGUCUUGUACUAAGUGUCUAGCAUGAGUGUCUUUGUGUUCCCUCCCUAACCAACCAGGCUUUUAUAGAAAUGGCUUCUGAAGAGGCAGCGAUCACCAUGGUGAACUACUACACCACAGCAACACCUCACGUACGCAACCAGCCGGUCUACAUCCAGUACUCCAACCACCGCGAGCUCAAGACAGACAACCUGCCCAAUCAGGGGAGAGCUCAGGCAGCGUUGCAGGCGGUCAACGCAGUGCAUUCUGGGAAUAUGGCGUUGGGCGGUUCAGCAUCGGGCAGUGAUGGAGCCUUGAUGCCAGGACAGAGCCCCGUGCUGCGCAUCAUUGUAGAAAACCUCUUCUACCCUGUAUCACUAGAGGUCCUACACCAGAUCUUCUCUAAGUUCGGGACGGUCCUGAAGAUCAUCACUUUCACCAAGAACAACCAGUUCCAGGCCCUGCUACAAUAUGCUGACCCGAUGAAUGCCCACCAUGCCAAAGUGACUUUGGAUGGCCAGAACAUCUAUAACGCGUGCUGCACUCUGCGUGUGGAGUUCUCCAAGCUGACCAGCCUGAAUGUGAAGUACAACAACGACAAGAGCCGAGACUUCACCCGCCUGGACCUUCCCUCCGGAGACGGACAGCCCACCAUGGACCCUGCUAUGACCGCCGCCUUCGGUGCUCCAGGUAUCAUCUCUUCGCCUUAUGCUGGGGCAGCAGGUUUUUGCCCCACGAUCGGAUUCUCCCAAGCAGGUCUGUCCAUGCACACGAUGGCAGGAAUGGGACCCCUGGUCUCGGGACGGAUGACCCUGCACGGCAUGGCGCCCACCGCCGUUCACUCUGUUCUCCUUGUCUCCAACCUCAACCCCGAUAGCAUAUCACCACACGAACUGUUCAUCCUAUUUGGGGUGUAUGGUGAUGUGCAUCGGGUCAAGAUUCUGUUCAACAAGAAAGAGAAUGCCUUAAUCCAGAUGGCCGACGCUACUCAGGCUCAGCUUGCAAUGUCCCACCUGAACGGCCAGCGGCUGCACGGCAAGGUGAUCAGAGUGACCAUCUCUAAGCACCAGACGGUCCAACUGCCCAGGGAGGGACAGGAAGACCAGGGCCUCACUAAAGACUUCAGCGGCUCCCCGCUACACCGCUUCAAGAAGCCUGGAUCCAAGAACUUUCAGAACAUCUUCCCUCCCUCUGCCACCCUCCAUCUAUCCAACAUCCCCCCGUCUGUAACAGAGGACGUCCUAAAGGACCUUUUCUCUGGACCUGGAUACACAGUCAAGGCCUUCAAGUUCUUCCAGAAAGACCGGAAGAUGGCUCUGAUCCAGUUGGGUUCAGUGGAGGAGGCCAUCCAGGCCCUGAUCGACCUCCACAACCACGACCUGGGAGAGAACCAUCACCUCCGCGUGUCCUUCUCCAAGAGCACCAUCUGACCCGCCUGAACCCCCACUUCCCCACCCCUAAGGCCCCACUCCUGGGCUGGGCUAGCGGGAGUGAGGGACAGAAUGACCCACUUUGACUUAAAAACAACAGACAAUUGACUAGUUUAGAUGAUAUUGUUGAGUAAUAGACUACUGUAAUGCAAGGCCUUCAGAUAGAGACAGAGCUGGUCUGGAAGGAGUGAUGGUUGAUUUAUUCAGGGCAGGGAAGAGAACAGAGAGUCGGGAUGAGUUGGCAUGGUGCAUCAUUAAAUCCUUAAAUAGGACCCUAACCCACGGGAUGGGAGAGAGGUAUUCAACUCUCCUUUAUCUGGCAUUAUAGGACCCUAACCCACAGGAUGGGAGAGAGGUAUUCAACGCUCUUGGGAGGUUUCUGCCAAGUAUAUCACAGACACACCAAUCAUUGAAUACUUGACACUUAGCCCUGCUAUACAAUCAAGUUGCACAAUAUGCAUGAGUUAUGAAAGCUCACCUGCAACUCACCACCUACAGACCCACCACCUACAGACCCACCUACAGACCCACCUACAGACCCACCACCUACACACCCACCUACAGACCCACCACCUACAGACCCACCUACAGACCCACCACCUACAGACCCACCUACAGACCCACCACCUACGGACCCACCACCUACAGACCCACC